AUGUCCGAAAGAAUGUGUUCCGCCAAACACCCGCUCUCUCGAACUCGCAAGACUCAGACCUUUCUCUCGGUGAUUUCGUGGCCAUGCGCUCUCGCUGCUGUCCCUAUCACUGGUGGUAGCCCUCAAACAUGGAUUCAACUCCUAGCGAUCUCGAUUUCCACUGUCACGCCUGCAUUCAUGCUCCUCAAAUAUCGCAAAUCCAAGAAUCAAUGUUAUUCAUCCUUCGAAAUCGCUACUGAUUUAUUGAUGGCCUUGCUGAUGGUCGGAGUAUACAUUUCCGGAACCGUCAUUCUUUCUUCUCAAGAGAUCAGCGCAUGGUUUACUCCCCAGAACUACAAGCUUUCCCGUGGUAUUCCACAGAUCUACUCCAACCUCUCAUGUGUCCUCCUCGCUCUGUUAUAUUUCCGCUCCUUUGCUAAAGGGGUCUACCAUAAACUCAUCGAGCCACGUAUGCUCAAGGCCCGUCGCGUUAACUACACCAUAUGCCCAGCCUGUGACCGGUCUAUAGAUGCUACUAUGACCCAGAGUCAGGAUACAAAUGUGACUGCGGGGCAGGGAAGACCCACUGUCUCGAAUGUUACUCCUCUGGAUUUGUACACUGAUGAGCCCCAGCUGUUGCUACCUGAGAGUUCCUUGAGUGUGUUGGGCAUGCAGACUACUGGUGUCAUAACCACCAACUGA